AUUAAAUUUUCAUCUUUACCAAGAUAUGGCGGACCCAGGAGAUUUAGAAUCAAGAGGCAAAGCAGAUAGUUAUUCUGUUGCUGAAAAAAAAUCUGCUCCAAAAAAGAUAAGUAAAAAGAAUGCAAACAAGGCUAAAUUGGAAGAUCUUAAAAAAGAACUGGAGAUGACUGAACACAGCAUGAAACUUGAAAGUUUACUAUCAAUGUAUGAGACAAGUCUGGAAAAAGGAUUAUCUGAAAAUAUAGUGGCUCGUAAUUUACAACGUGAUGGACUUAAUGCCUUGACUCCUCCAAAGCAAACUCCAGAGUGGGUGAAAUUUUGCAAGCAAAUGUUUGGUGGUUUUUCAAUGCUUUUGUGGAUUGGAGCUAUACUUUGUUUUUUUGCAUUUGGUAUUCGUGCAGUUAGAGAUACAAAUCCUAACAUGGAUGAACUGUAUUUGGGUAUUGUACUUUCAGUUGUGGUUAUUAUUACUGGUUGUUUUUCUUAUUAUCAGGAAUCCAAGAGUUCAAAAAUAAUGGAGAGUUUCAAAAAAAUGAUCCCACAAGAAGCUCUUGUUUUGCGUGAUGGUAAAAAAAUUACUAUAAACGCAGAACAAUGUGUUGUUGGUGAUGUUGUUUUUGUAAAGUUUGGAGAUCGAAUUCCAGCUGAUAUUCGAAUUGUUGAAUGUAAAGGACUAAAGGUAGACAAUUCUUCACUUACUGGAGAAUCAGAACCCCAAAGUCGAGCUGUUGAUUUUACUCAUGAGAAUCCGAUUGAAACAAAGAAUCUUGCUUUUUUCUCAACUAAUGCUGUUGAAGGUACUGCUACUGGAAUAGUUGUUAGGAUAGGUGAUAAUACUGUUAUGGGUCGAAUUGCUAAUCUUGCAUCAGGAUUAGGAAGUGGUAAAACUCCUAUUGCAUUAGAAAUAGAACAUUUUAUUCACAUUGUAACGGGAGUUGCAGUUUUUCUUGGUGUAAGUUUUCUGAUCAUUUCCCUUGCAAUGGGUUAUCAUUGGUUAGAGGCAAUUAUUUUCCUUAUUGGUAUUAUUGUUGCCAAUGUGCCUGAAGGUUUACUUGCGACUGUUACUGUGUGCUUGACUCUGACUGCAAAAAAAAUGGCAAAAAAGAAUUGUCUUGUAAAACAUUUGGAAGCAGUUGAAACUCUAGGUAGCACUUCUGUUAUUUGUUCUGAUAAAACUGGUACAUUGACUCAAAAUCGUAUGACUGUUGCUCACAUGUGGUUUGAUAAAAUGAUUGUUGAAGCUGACACAACAGAAGAUCAAUCAGGAAUAGCCCAUGAUAAGGGUUCUUUAACAUGGAAAUCGCUUGCAAAAGUUGCAGCAUUGUGUAGUAGAGCUGAAUUUAAGCCUAAUCAAAAUGAUGUUGCAGUUCUCAGGAAAGAGUGUACAGGAGAUGCUUCAGAAACUGCCAUUUUAAAAUUUGUUGAAUUAUCAGUUGGUAAUGUUAUGGAUAUCAGAGCAAAAAACAAAAAAGUUACAGAGAUACCAUUUAAUUCAACCAAUAAAUAUCAAGUGUCAGUCCAUGAGCAAGAAAAUAGUAGUGGUUACCUACUUGUUAUGAAAGGUGCACCUGAAAAGGUGUUGGAAAGAUGUUCUACAAUUCUUAUAAAUGGUGAAGAACAUCCUCUUAAAGAUGAUGUUAUAGAGAUUUACAAUAAGGCUUAUGAUGAACUAGGUGGUCUUGGUGAAAGAGUUUUAGGAUUUUGUCAUUAUUACUUACCUGUUGAUCAAUAUCCCAAAGGAUUCUUGUUUAAGACUGAAGAAGAACAAAAUUUUCCGUUAGAAGGAUUGUGCUUUCUGGGUCUGUUAAGUAUGAUUGAUCCUCCUCGAGCUGCUGUCCCUGAUGCUGUCAGCAAAUGCAGAAGUGCAGGUAUAAAAGUCAUCAUGGUAACUGGUGAUCAUCCAAUUACUGCAAAAGCAAUUGCAAAAGGUGUUGGGAUUAUUUCAGAAGGUAAUGAGUGUGAAGAAGAUAUUGCUCUGCGGUUAAACAUACCUUUAGAGGAUUUAAGUGAAGAUCAAAAAAAAUCAGCCAAAGCAUGUGUCAUUCAUGGUGCAAAGUUGAAAGAUAUAAAGAAUGAGGAACUGGAUAAAAUUUUAUGUGAUCAUACUGAAAUAGUAUUUGCCCGAACAUCACCUCAACAAAAGUUGAUUAUUGUUGAAGGAUGUCAACGUCAAGGUGCAAUUGUUGCUGUCACUGGUGACGGUGUCAAUGAUUCACCUGCAUUAAAAAAAGCUGAUAUUGGUGUUGCAAUGGGUAUUGCUGGCUCUGAUGUAUCUAAACAAGCUGCUGAUAUGAUUCUGUUAGAUGAUAACUUUGCUUCAAUUGUUACUGGAGUGGAGGAGGGAAGGCUAAUAUUUGACAACUUGAAGAAAUCAAUUGUGUAUACCCUCACCAGCAACAUUCCUGAAAUUUCUCCUUUUCUAAUGUUUAUUUUGUUUGGCAUUCCUCUUCCACUUGGUACCAUCACCAUAUUGUGUAUUGAUCUUGGCACAGAUAUGGUUCCCGCAAUAUCCUUGGCAUAUGAAAAAGCUGAAUCUGAUAUUAUGAAGCGACAUCCUCGUAAUCCAAUAAGAGACAAACUUGUUAAUGAGCGACUCAUCAGUUUAGCCUACGGACAGAUAGGUAUGAUGCAGGCAACUGCAGGGUUUUUUACUUAUUUCAUCAUUUUGGCCGAAAAUGGAUUUUUGCCAUCAUAUUUGUUUGGACUAAGAAGUCAAUGGGACGAUAUGAAUAAUAACAAUCUAUUGGAUUCUUUUGGCAGUGAGUGGACAUACUUUCAACGGAAAGAGAUAGAGUUGACUUGUCAAACAGCUUUUUUUACUACCAUUGUGGUGGUGCAGUGGGCUGAUUUGAUCAUUAGUAAAACGCGAAGAUUGUCACUUUUUCAACAAGGAAUGACAAACUGGUUUUUAAACUUUGGACUUUUUUUCGAAACUGCACUUGCAGCUUUUCUCCAGUACACUCCUGGUGUAAAUACGGGUUUGCGUCUUCGUCCUAUGAAUUUUACCUGGUGGUUGCCCGGUCUUCCAUUCAGUUUGUUAAUUUUUGUUUAUGAUGAAAUUAGGAGAUACCUUUUACGGAAAAACCCAGGAGGAUGGGUCGAGAAGGAAACAUAUUAUUGAUAUUUUAAAGGCGAUUUUUACACGUGUUUUAGAUAUGCUUUCUAUUUUCUCUAGUUUUUUUAACUUAAGCUUUUUCAAAUAAGUAAAAUUUUAAAUUGUAGGCAUUUUAGAUUACUAUUAUAACUAAAAAAAUUUAUUUUAGUUAAUGCAAUUGUUCAUUGAUAAAAGUCUAUUUUUGUGGCAUAGAUUUAUUUCGCUUAAAUAAAU